CAACUUAUUAUUUGUAUUACAAGGCUGAUAUGAGAGAUAGAAGGGAAUUUCCUAAAUCUGCAGUUCUGUGUACUGUUAUACUGGUUAUCCUGUACCUACCAAUGGCAGCUGUUGGAUACUUCCAGUUAGGAGGAGAAGUGAAUAAUAAUGUUGUGGAAUCCCUCUGUAUCGGAACAGUGAAAACAGUUACUGAAGUGCUUCUACUCCUUCAUCUAAUUGCAGCUUUUCCAAUCAUGAUAAAUCCGCCAAAUCAGUUCUUUGAGGAACUGCUUAAUAUUCCAAAAAAUUUUAACAUUUGGAGAUGUGCAUUCCGAACUGUAGUUGUUCUUGUGCUUCUCUUCAUAUCUGAGAGUUUACCGAACUUUGGCUCUAUCCUAGGUAAUAUACAGAAGAAAUCAUGAAAUGUGGACUGUCAUUGUAA